GUACGAGAACUUGUCCUGGACAACUGCAGAUCAAAUGAAGGGAAAAUCAAAGGACUCUCAGAAGAAUUUGUCAAUCUGGAAUUCCUCAGUUUGAUAAACGUUGGCCUAAUCUCAGUCUCCAAACUUCCCAAACUUGGGAAACUGAAAAAGUUGGAACUCAGUGACAACAGAAUCUCUGAUGGCCUUGACGUGUUAGCUGAGAAACUCCCCAACCUCACACAUCUAAAUCUAAGCGGGAACCAACUGAAAGACAUCAGGACAUUGGAACCUUUGAAAAAGCUGGAUGGCCUGAAGUCUCUAGACUUGUUCAACUGUGAGGUGACCAACCUGAACGACUACAGGGAGAGUGUGUUCAAGCUGCUCCCUCAGCUCACCUACCUGGACGGGUACGACGUGGAGGACCGAGAGGCAUCCGACUCGGACGGAGAGGUGGACGAUGACGACGAUGAGGGAGAGGAUGAGGACAUAGAGGAGGAAGACUUUGACGAGGAGGAUGAUGACUAUGAAGAGGAGAGAGUAGUAGUAGUAGGAGAGGAUGAUGAGAUCAGCGGAGAUAAGGAGGAGGAAGAUCUCGGCAUUGAUGAUGAAGUUGACGAAGAUGAAAUCAAGGCUGUCCAAGGAGAGAAGAGAAAGCAAGAGCCUGACAAAGAUGAUUAUGAGCAGAAAACGACAGCCUAUCAAGUUACCAACCCCUUCCCUCUCCACCCUGACACCCACCCUACCUACGCCACGACUCUCUCCCAGCUUUGAGCCCGUCUAGGGUAGAGGUCGACCGAUUAAUCGGUAUGGCCGAUUUUUCAAGUUUUCUCAAAAAUGGGUAUUUUUGGGCGCCGAUUUUAUAGAUUUUUUUUUUUUCAAAUAUCUUUUUUUAUAAAUUUUUAUUUUAUAAAUUUUAUACCUUUUUUUUUAUUUAACUAGGCAAGUCAGUUAAGAACACAUUCUUAUUUUCAAUGACGACCUAGGAACGGUGGGUUAACUGCCUUGUUCAGGGGCAGAACGACAGAUUUUUACCUUGUCAGGUCAGGGGAUCCAAUCUUGCAACCUUACAGUUAACUAGUCCAACGCAAUAACGACCUGCCUCUCUCUAGUUGCACUCCACAAAGAGACUGCCUGUUACGCUAAUGCAGUAAGCCAAGGUAAGUUGCUAGCUAGCAUUAAACUUAUCUUGUAAAAACAAUCAAUCAUAAUCACUAGUUAACUACACAUGGUUGAUGAUAUUACUAGAUAUUAUCUAGUGUGUCCUGCGUUGCAUAUAAUCUGACUGAGCAUACAAGUAUCUAAGUAUCUGACUGAGCGGUGGUAGGCAGAAGCAGGCGUGUAAACAUUCAUUCAAACAGCACUUUCUGGCAUUUUGCCAGCAGCUCUUUGUUUUGGGGCAAGCAUUGCGCUGUUUAUGACUUCAAGCCUAUCAACUCCCGAGAUGAGGCUGGUGUAACCGAAGUGAAAUGGCUAGCUAGUUAGUGCGCACUAAUAGCAUUUCAAACAUCACUUGCUCUGAGCCUUCUAGUAGUUGUUCCCCUUGCUCUGCAUGGGUAACGCUGCUUCGAUGGUGGCUGUUGUCGUUGUGUUGCUGGUUCGAGCCCAGGGAGGAACGAGGAGAGGGUCGGAAGCUUUACUGUUACACAGGCAAUACUAAAGUGCCUAUAAGAACAUCCAAUAGUCAAAGGUUAAUGAAAUACAAAUGGUAUAGAGGGAAAUAGUCCUAUAAUUCCUAUAAUAACUACAACCUAAAACUUCUUACCUGGGAAUAUUGAAGAUUCAUGUUAAAAGGAACCACUAGCUUUCAUAUGUUCUCAUGUUCUGAACAAGGAACUGAAACUUUAGCCUUCUUACAUGGCACAUAUUGCACUUUUACUUUCUUCUCCAACACUUUGAUUUUGCAUUAUUUAAACCAAAUUGAACAUGUUUCAUUAUUUACUUGAGGCUAAAUAGAUUUGAUUGAUGUAUUAUAUUAAGUUAAAAUAAGUGUUCAUUCAGUAUUGUUGUAAUUGUCAUUAUUACAAAUAAAUAGAAAAUCGUCCGAUUUUUUUAUCGAUAUCGGUUUUUUCGGUCCUCCAAUAAUCUGUAUCUGCGUUGAAAAAUCCUAAUCGGUCGACCUCUAGUCUAGGGCAAGGCUGUACCAGACGGUUGGUCAGAGUGGAGCUGCCUCCGCCCCAUGGAAUCCAGAGACAUUCCCAAGGUUCUCAAGCAGCGCACUACUCCGCAUUCCACAAUUUCACUGUCAACUCCCCCUUUAUGUAUACCUGUGUGAGGACUUCAGGAUUGGUAUUUCAUUUUGGGUCUGCGCUUUUAAUAUUUUUGUUGGAUGAAUUAUGAAUACAUUGUUAGGUUUAUUUCUUACCCCUUUGUCUGCAUUCUUUAUUUUUUCCCCCCCCCCAAAAUAAAAUUGCUAUAGCAACUGUGCGACAAGCGAGCUGUGAUUUUGUGUGGCCGCCUGUUGCACAAAUCAAGGUUAUAGCAAAAAAAAAUUGUUUACUCUCUGUAUGACUAAGCUUUGUAAAUAAAAUGUUUGCGUUUUGCGCUAGUGA